AUGAUGGACCGGCACCCUUGUGCCAAGGCGCGAUUCCGAUCUAGUAUUAGAAUAUUGAAGGACACCCUCAAGUGCCCUGUCUGCUUUGAGCCCCUCAACAAUGCGAUAUAUCAGUGUUCUGAGGGGCACAUCCUAUCCAGGUCCUGCCAUAACAAGAUACUUGACAAGAAGUGCCACGAAUGUUGUAUUGAAACUUCCUUCAAGCGCUGCGCUAUAAUGGAACAUGUCGUCCAGUCAGUCGCAGUUCCUUGCUGCAAUGCCAAGUAUGGAUGCAGAGAGGGUCUUGCCUACUAUCAGAAAGAAAGACAUGAGCAAGUAUGCCCGACUGCCCCAUGCUUCUGCCCAAUUCCCGGCUGCAGCUAUGUUGUGCUGAUACCCCUGCUCCUGGACCAUCUCACCUUCAAGCACAGCUGUCCAUCAACAGUCCUCCAAGAUUUUGACACGUUGUCUCUCCGCUUCAAACCAGGCUUACAUGUUCUGCAACGCCGCAGUAGGAGGACCAACUAUAUUUUCCUGCUCAACAUGGACUCAGAGCCUUUUGGAUAUGCUAUCUCAGUCGUCUGCGUCCAACCGAAAGUUACGCAACCCAAGUUCACAUGUAGUUUGAAUUAUGACUACUCUAUGACAGGUUAUUGUGAAAGUUCAAGUUUCCAAGUAAGAAGUUCUUCACUCUCUGAUGGGCUACUGACGGGCCCUGACUUAAUUCUGCUCAUGGAAAAGAUUUCCGAUGAUCGAAAUGGUAUCAUGCUCAAAACCACCAUUCAACGGGAAGCUUGUUCUGGUGAUUCUUACUAUUCCAACGACGACGAUUAUGAUGAUGAUGAUGAUGAUGAUGAUGAUGAACAUGAUGUUGACCAUGAUCACGCAAGGCUUCUGAUGAUACGUCAUGCUCUUGAAGCACAGAAGUAA